AUGAGUCGGCAAGCACGUGAACGUGGUCCAAGUGUGUUUAUCACUAUUCCAACAGUACCGAAAGAAACUCCUGAUUCACCAUUUCUGAAAGCACUGAAGAAGGAGCUCAAAAACUGCUCGGAUUCUACUUUUAUGGACAACUCUUACAAACCAUUCAAAAAUGAUAAGGACCCGACGAAGCUUAACUGGGAAUGUCCGUGUGUUGAUAAUCUUCCAUAUGGGCCCUGUGGACCUCUUUGGAGAAAUUAUAUGAUUCAAAAAGAAGUAGAAGGAAAGUCCAACGAAGAAACGUAUCCAGCUUACACUGCGUGGUGGGAAAAAAAUUCGUCAAAACUCGCCAACUCCCCAUUUUUCAAGAAAGGCGAGGAGCAUCAGUUUGAUAGGACAACAUCGGCGGAGAAACAGUUUGUACUUCAGAGCAAAUCAAUUCGAUUUGAGCGUUUCAAAGAUGCAGCAAGUCCUGAAAAAGAAUACGAAAUCUACUCGAGAGGUGGUGAAAAAUCCCCACUCGCAACGAAAAAUAUGCCAAACUGGAAAAAGUACAAAAACUGGACGGAAGCAGCUGAAGAUGUCACCUUCCGUAAUUUGCCCGCAAAUGUAUCUCAGCAUGAUAUCAUGCGUCAUCAUGGCGUGAAGCACCGCAAACAUUUGAAUACGAGAUACAUGUUUGAUAAGACGAUGUUAUCGAAAUUAAGCAACGCAUUCCCUUCAAAAUACAUCCGCGAUAAACAUGUGAUAGAGCUCUACCCAGGUUUUGGCCUACUUUCGCUUCGUUUCCUGAGGAAAGAGCCCCUAUCGUACACAUUCGUGGAGCCUGAUAAAAGAGUUGUGAAGUCGCUGCUAAAUAUAGCGCAGUCUUCGCGCGACAACGGAAUCGGCGUUCGAAUCGUGAGAACGGAGCCCCUCGAUCAUCGACUGGAUCAGCUCCAUUUCAACAAAAAUAGAAGGGGACUUCUUUACGAUGCAGAUUGGGACAGCGAACCCGAUACAGUCGUCAUCUCGAACACUCCGUUUUGGGCUACAAACAUGCUUUUGCUAAAACUUGUGGAAGAUGUUUGGAAUCGCGAGGGACUUUUCAGAGCGGGGAGAGUCCCGAUCUUUAUGAACUUUCAUUUGCCAGUUGGAUGCGAUCUGUUGGGGAAGACAUCAUUUUAUGGAAAACUCGUGGACAAUUUCUUUGAAGCGAAGGAGAUUCAGCCAGUUUAUGGCUCAUUUUACACGCCUAAAAUGGCAGAGGGCACGAUUUGGAUUCAAUUGACCCCGAGAAGAGAGUUCUUGCUAAAUGAGUCGCCAGAACAAAUCGGAAGGAUAAUCGACGCAAUCUUCAGCAGCUACAAAGACAAGAAAAACAUGAGCCACCCGAUGGCGAGGACGAAAGAACGAGUUGCGCAACGGCUCCAGAAUCUUCAAGAGCUAGUGCGGCCAGAAUUAAAGUCAGACGAGUUUUAUGGCGACGAAUAUCAUUUAUUGGACGACGAUCGUAAAAGUGAAGUCAUGGAGGAGAUCGCUCUCCAAAUUCUCAACGACGCGAACAUUUCUCCUGGCAAAUCAUUGGCGACGUUAAACUUCAAGGAUAUAAAGAAAUUGCUGGAAGUUUUGAAAAACUAUAAACGACAUGAAGAUUCACUAGAAGAUCACCUAAUUCCCUCAAAUGAAAAAGAGUUUCUCUCAUCAUCGCUUGAAUUUCUUGCUGAAAUGACGAAAUCGUCAGAAGAUGGACGACUCAAUCAAAAGGCGAUCAAGAGGUUGACGCAAUUAGUCAAAAUGGGCCAGGCGGAGGAAUCAAAGAGAAACAUCAUUGAGCAUUUCAAAUCGCGAAUAGAAGAGACAGAGGGAGUUCCAGAAGAUUUACAGAAAAAACUCGAUCUACUGGAGCUCACGAAAGAUGAAGAAAAGCUCGAUGAAAUCAUUUCCGAUUUCCUUAAAUCUGGCGGAAUGAGUCUUCUUGAUAGCGAUGAUUUCAAGGAAGAGAACAUCUCCUCUUUAUCCACGCACAACUGGGAAGAAGGAGAAAACCGAUCGCUGAAGCAAGCACAUAGAUUGAUGAAGGAAAAGUAUAAGACACGGUUCUUGACUUCGAAACCUCAGAAACGAGGCUUCAAGAGGAGCAAAGAAAGUUUAGCAAAACGAUUCUAG